AAUUCAGACAAAAAUCAAACAUUCUGAAAUGCAGGAGAAGAAGGGAGAGAUGGCGAGCAACGGUGACUCUUCUAACAAGAACCCUAAAAAAGCGAAUUUGAUGGAUCCUCACUCUAUCAAACAUCUUCUCGACGAAACCGCUACAGAGAUCGUUACCAGUCGCGGAUACGUGGAAGAUGUGAGGAUGAGCAAUGUGAGAUUGUUCAUGGGAGCCAUCAUCAUAAUCAUUGCUCUCGUGGCUCAGUUCUACCCAAAGAAGUUCCCUGAGAACAGAGAUUUUCUAAUCGGAUGCAUCAUGUUGUAUAUUGCCCUCAAUGGAUUGUUGCAGCUGAUCACAUACUCUAAGGAGAAGAAUGCAAUCCUGUUUACCUAUCCCCUCCCUGGAUCCUUUAAUAGCACUGGGCUGGUAGUUUCUUCUAAGUUGCCAAGAUUCUCUGACAUUUACACAUUGUCAGUAGCCAGUGCAGACCCAAAAUCAGUCUCUGCUAAGAAACCUGUCCAGUUCACAAAGAGUGUCACUCAAUGGUUUACCAAUGAUGGAGUUCUGGUUGAGGGUCUGUUCUCGAAAGAUGUAGAUGGACUAAUCAACCAGUAUUCAGGAGAAUCUAGGAAGAACAAGUGAAUGGUUUUCUAGUUCAUGCAGUAGAAUCAAGGCCAGGGGGG